UUCAGCAGUAUUUUUGGAAUAUGUUUCAUCGUUUAUUUACUAGCCAAAUUGACUUACACUGCACAUACAAUUUUCGAUACUUUAAUAGCCUUGUGUGCCAUAACUGCAAAUUUGGAACAGCUGGCAUUUUAUUGCAUUAUCGGCAGCUUGUUCAAUUACCAAGUGAAUCUUCUUCCGGAAUAUUUAUACCGAUCAAAUUGGAGGACAAUUGACGACAACGUGAUAAAGA